GGCUGUCAGGGCUUGAAAUGGAGGGGGAAGCGGGGGGAACCCUGAUGCAGGAGGCCUGGGAGAGUAUAGAUGCAGCUCGCAAUUACAAGAAUGAACUGCAGGAGCGAAUGAUCGCACUGGAAUUGGCUCGCAAUCAGCAGGGGGCACAUCUGAUGAAUCUUGCAUUGUGCUAAGUGUGCCAUGAAGCCCCUCCUUGGUUUUGUUGUCUGAAGAGGUGAAGGGACAGACCCAUGAACAAAGUAUGGCCAUUUUUCAGAUCAAAGAGAGUGCAGCCCAGACUUGCCAUGCCCUGCGCCAACACUUUGUUGAUCUGAAGACGGCCAUAACCAAGUUGCUGGAUGAGCGGCAAGAGACCCUGUUGCAGGAGGUGAGCGCUAUUGAACAGGAGAAUAUUAAGCCCCUGGAUGAUUGUCAGAAGCUCUUGGAACAAGGGGUCAACACGGCUGAUGAUUUGCUGAAAGAAGGGGAAAUGGCUGUUUCAGGCAUUGCCGGAAAUAAUGAAAACUUGUAUAACUUUACAAACAAGGCGCUUCACAAUCAGUUGGACAGUUUGCCGGAGGUCCCGUCUCUGGUGGAAGUGCCGUGUCUUUCUGCACAGUUGGAUGAAAUUUUCCUAUGCGUGGUGCGAGACCAUAUCUGUAAGUUGGGCAGCGUGGCAUCCAGGCCUCCUGUACAAAUCGAGGAGCUGAUAGAGAGACCGGGAGCAAUCCUGGUGAAGUGGUGUAAGUGUGAUGAUGACUUUGUGGCCCAGGAUUAUCGGCUUCAGUAUCGCAAGAACACUGCCAGCCACUUUGAGGAUGUCUAUGUGGGCUCUGAGUCGGAAUUCAUAGUGCUGCAGAUUGACCCCAACGUGGACUAUCAGUUCCGAGUGUGUGCUCGGGGGGAUGGGAGGCAGGAGUGGAGUCCAUGGAGUGUCCUACAGACAAGCCGCACCACCCUGGUCCCUCAUGAAUGGAGCACUGGCUAUGAUGGCUACAGUUUAAGCAGCAGGAGGAACAUUGCUCUUCGGAACGACUCUGUGAGCCACGGAGUUCUCUACUCCAAAGCUGCCACUUACUUGUCUGGACAAACCUUGACAUUUCGGGUCGAGACUGUCGGUCAGAUGGAUAAGCAUGACGGCAUCGGAGUGUGUGUGGAACAGUUUGACUGUGAAUCACUGCAGCGGGAUAAGGCCGUGUGUGUCAGUACAAGCGGUGCCGUUUAUGUGAAUGGAAAAGAAAUGACCAACCAGCUACCGCCUGUUUCCCCUGGAUCCACCAUCACCUUUGAUAUGGAAAUCAUGACCUUGGGACAAACCAAUAACGAGGGCCCAUCUCAAAAACGGAGAGUUACAAUCAGUUCCAGCAAUCGGGAGGUGGUCUUUGAUUGGCUGCUAGAACAGUCCUGUGACUCCCUCUACUUUGGUUGUUCCUUUGUUCACCCUGGCUGGAAGGUGCUGGUGUUUUAACUGAGCCCCAAACAAGAAGAUUGUCCUGAGAAUCCCAGGGGAUUUACCCUCACAAGGAGAGAACAGGGGUCAGUCUUGCAACCCUAUAGUGUUAGAGCUGCCAGCGCUCAUUUCCCAGAGAGCAAUGUGGCUGCCCCAGGUGAUGCUUUUUUCCCUGUAGUUCAGUCUGUUAUGGUGCCAUCAGCAGAGCAGAGAGGCCUCUCACUUCAAGUGUUCCUGGGCCUCACUGCAGUAUUUUCAUUCCUAUACCUGUGUAUUGAGAAGUUACAAAAACACAGGUCUCAGAAAUGCCUGCAAGCUCAGUGCAGGAGUUGUAGUUCGGUGCCAUAACCUGAUAGAGUGAAUAGGUCUCUGCUAAUGAAUCCUCUUGGUACUAUGCAACUCGCUUACAAGUCAUUCCCUCUGUCUCCCUAUGUUGCAAGGGACCCCAGGGACAAGACACUUGUAGGGCAUUGUGGUGGUUGUUAGAUUAACACCUGGGGAGUGGCCUGGUUGCUCAAUUGCUUUGCUGCUGGAUUGUUUGUGAGCGCAGCUCAGGGUUUUAAGAAUCGUUCCUAUAUAUUAUACAGUAUAUACAUAUAUUAUUGUUACAAAUCUAUUUUUAUAUGGGGCGCACUUGGUUACUUGUUGAGGACCAUCCUGUGAAACGUUUAGUACAAAGCACUGCUCCAACUGAUCUGUCAGAGGGGAAUAGCGCAUGUCACUAUUGCUGACCAUUGUGUAGCCAUAAACAGUAAGGGGGUGGGUGGUUUCUGCUGUUAGGAGCUGUAGGGUUCCUGUUAAAUACAGUCUUAUCUCUACCCAAAUUCUGUGACCUUGCUUUAACUAUUCCUGCUGGACCAGGGGACACUCCUGCUUGGAUAGAUGGGUUGAACAGACAAUUAAAAUUGAACAGACGGUUGUUUAUUCUCGAUAAGUGAGUGGUACAUUCCCAGGGCAGGUGUCAGAGGUUUAGCUUGGAGCGGUCCAUAGACGGCACAAAUAUGAUACCUGCUUGUAUCCCACUGUCCAUACUGGGUAAGACCUGUAGCAUGUUACCCCCUAUACAAAGUGCCUUAAGAACAAUCUACUGUACAGAUCGUUUAUUUAUUCUACUUGUGACGUGAAACAAUCUUCAGACUUCUGAAAUCCGCAUGCCAAUUUCACCCCCCGGCUGCUAGGAGAAUUCUCUUCUUUGUGUCCGCAAUCCUUGUAUAGGCUCCGGCACAAACACACUUAGGUGGUUGUUUAUUAAAGUCUGAAUACCAACUUUUUUACUAUAAAAUCUGAAUUUUAAGUGGGGGGAAAAAAAAUCCGGAUUUAUUAUAGGAGACUCUGGUAGUGGUUGGGGGCUGAAAUUGGCCUAUGGAUUUCAAAAACACCUUGUGUGACCUCGAUCUAAAGGGUAGUAAUUACCUCUCUGGGAGUGCGGUUUCUCCUUCCCAAACUGGAAGCUAGACUGUAUUAGUAUCACUCCAUUUCUACUUGAUGCCUCCUAAUACAGUGUUAAAACGCAUGUGUUGCAGACUUGUGCCUGGUUUUAUUAACCUUUAAAUGUGAAUUUUUGUUAGACAUUAGCUGCAUGGCGGCACAGACCAGGAUGUUGUAAUUAAUGAUUUGGCUUUUAUACUUGGCGGCUAUGCUUCAUCAUCGUGUUUCUUCAUCCAUCAUGAGUGAUGAUCCAGGGCCCAUAUUUAUCCAAGGCAGGGUAAUUUGGCCAUGGAGUAUUUGCUCUGUAUGUAUUAGCUCCCUUCGGGGGAGUUAAAAGUCACCAAGUGCCUAAAGGGACAUGUUACACCCAAAUAUGUGCAAUGCCCUUUCUUUCAGCCCAAGAGCUAACAUUUAGUAUGCAAGGAUGAAGGUGCCAAGUCAUGAAUGUGAUAUUUUGUUCUGCAAUCUCCUUUAUUCUCUCAACUUUUACUGUAUUCUCCCCCAUGGUUAUUGCUCCUGACAAUCAUUCCCCACCACUGAGUUGUGGGCUGUUUUUUGUGCAUUGAGUAAUUUAGAAAUACGGUUUUGGUAGGGGGCCAAGAACCCUGAACAGCUUUUACAUGUGCUGCGUUCUUUCAUAUGAAUAAAAUGCUUUUUCUUUA